UCUCACACACCUCUUCUAAGUGCUGCAUCUGUAACUUCAACAACGUUUCUCCGCUCUUCCAGAAAGCAAAGGAGUCAACGAGGGGUAAAACCGUGACAUGGUGUCUGACGAAAAGCUGUUCUCCUGCUGUAGACUGACAGGCUAUCACCCGGCCUCAGCAGUGCCUGUCUGCAACCCUAGAUAAGCUGCACACGCUUUUUGGGAGGAGGGACCUGGGCUUCUUACCUUACCCCAGCUGCAGACUUCUCACGGCGGAUACAGGCUUACAAUGUGAAUGAGCCAGGCGAAGCCACAGCAGCCAGGGACUCGACAAGCUUGGAUCUGUGAAAAUCUGGGAGAUCAGGAAAGGAAAAGCCAGACUGGAUUAAAAUGCCAUCCAAGGGGAAGUAUUUUAUUAACGAUAACGAAGACUGGAUUAUUACACAUUCACUUUAUGAGAAGUACCAGUGCAUCAGCCAGCACUACCCGCUUCUGCUCAUCCUACUCUUUGUGGUCGUAACCGCUUGUGUAACUCUCAUCGCCCUCUUCUUCGCAUCCGACCAAGAGCCUACAGAACACCUUGCUUUAUUAAUUACAGUGUUUUUGGCACUGGUGAUAUUCUGCGCCCUCUACGUGCUGGUAUACACAGAACUGUUUGCGCAGAAAUGGCUGAGAGUGUUUUCGCUGGUGAUCUACAUCUGCCUCUUGACCAUCGGUUACGUCUUGAUUUACGACCCAAUCGUAGUUCACACAUGGGACCAGGUGCCGUUUUUCCUGUUCAUUACCUUCUCUGUGUACACGAUGCUGCCCCUGGGGACGCGCGCAUGUAUGAUUAUCAGUAUCAUGUCGGGAACCUCCCACCUCAUCGUCAUUAGUAUCACUGUCAUACUGUCCAACAAAACCCAUGAUUCCAUUGCCUUUCAGAUAAUUGCCAAUGCUAUUAUCUUCCUCUGUGGGAAUCUCAUGGGCGCCUUCCACAAGUAUCAUAUGCAGGAUGCUUCGCGGGAUCUGUACAGUUACACGGUGAAAUGUAUCCGGACAAAAAUGAAACUGGAGUUGAAAAAAAGGCAGCAGGAGAGUCUUCUGCUGUCUGUGCUCCCUGUCUAUAUCUCCAUGGAGAUGAAAUUGGCAAUUCAGGACAGACUUAAGGAAAGCAAUGACAACCGGCAACCGGACAAAAACUUCCACAGCUUGUAUGUCAAGCGGCACCAAAAUGUCAGUAUUCUGUAUGCGGAUAUUGUAGGUUUUACACGGCUGGCUAGUGACUGCUCACCCAAGGAACUAGUGGUCAUGCUGAAUGAGCUGUUUGGCAAGUUUGACCAGAUUGCAAAGGAAAACGAAUGCAUGCGGAUUAAAAUUUUGGGUGACUGCUAUUACUGCGUAUCAGGCCUCCCUGUGUCCUUACCCAACAACGCCAAGAACUGUGUUAAGAUGGGGCUUGAUAUGUGUGAAGCAAUAAAAAAAGUGAGAGAAGCCACUGGAGCCGAUAUCAACAUGAGGGUAGGGGUACAUUCUGGAAAUGUACUCUGUGGGGUAAUCGGGCUGAGAAAGUGGCAGUUCGAUGUCUGGUCUCAUGAUGUCUCUUUGGCCAAUCGCAUGGAAUCUGCGGGAGUUCCAGGUCGUGUUCACAUCACAGAAGCAACAUUGAAACAUCUGAAUGGAGCUUACAAAGUGGAGGAUGGACAUGGAGAGCUAAGAGACCCCUACCUUAAAGAAAUGAACAUCAAGACUUACUUGGUCAUUGAUCCGAGGGCCAAGCAACGUCAUGCCCAAAACAAUCACAUCUCCAAGCCAAGAGUUAAUGAUGGCCUUAAAGUCCGACCCUCUGUUAGGAUGACCCGGUAUCUGGAAUCUUGGGGUGCAGCCAGACCCUUCUCCCAUUUUGACCACAAUGAGACCCCCAGUACUGGUACAUUGGUCCCUAAUGGAAAACCGAAACCGGAAAUCCCACUCCAGGGUGUUGGACGGCCAGCCAAUACAGACAGGAGUGGCUCACAGAAGAAGAACCAGGAGGAAGAACUCCAUGAGCGGAUGAUGGACACAAUCGAUGGACUCAGCUCUGCUAAACCUUGGUUUGGGAAAUCUGAUGACUUCUAUGUGUUCCUGCUCUUUUUCACUGCUGAUGGACUGGAAAAAGAGUACCGCACCAUUAGAAUCCCAAAGAUCCGCAAUUAUUUCCUAUGUGUGGCGAUGGUCUUCCUGUGUAUAUUUCUGAUCCAGAUACUGGUAAUGCCCAGGAGCACAAAGCUGGGAGUUUCCUUCGGAGUGGUGUCUCUGCUUGUGAUCUUUGUUCUACUUAUAUGUUAUGCGGACAAGUGUGCUCGCUUUUGUAAUGAGGGUGCAUCCAUCUCACGUGCAAUGCGUUCGCUAGUGGAGAAGGUGGAGACACAGCCAUUACUAAGGGUCCCACUGGCUGCCCUGACUAUUGGAGCUCUUUUGGUUAUCGCCAUCAUCAAUUUGCCUCUUGAUCAGACACUUUUAUCAUGCAAUAGCUCCAGUCUUGAGACAGAUGCCAGGUGCCAGAGUAUACCCUAUUACAUUUACUCUUGUAUUCUGGCCUUCAUCGCAUGCUCUGUUUUCCUGCGAAUGAGUUUUGAGCUGAAGGUUAUUCUUUUGUUGGCUGCUUUUACCGCGUACAAUGUCAUCAUCUUCAAUACGCAUUCUGGCCUUUUCAGAAGUGAGUUGGAACCAAACAGCAACACAACUGGAAUCCUGGAAGAUCUUCAGAGGAUGUCCUGCUUUUACCUCUCACUCUUCUUUUUAACAUUGGUUUUAUUGGCAAGACAGGUAGACUAUUAUUCCAGGCUGGACUGCUUGUGGAAGAAAAAAUUCCGGGAGGAAGACGAGGAAAUCGAAACAAUGGAAAAUCUAAACCGCCUUCUCUUGGAGAAUGUCCUCCCUGCACACGUAGCGGCAUAUUUCAUUGGCGACAACAAGUUAAAUGAGGACUUGUACCAUCAGUCAUAUGACUGCGUCUGUGUGAUGUUUGCCUCUGUACCUGAGUUUAAGGUCUUUUACACAGAGUGUGACGUCAACAAGGAGGGCCUUGAGUGUCUGCGACUCUUGAACGAGAUAAUAGCCGACUUUGACGAGCUUUUAAUGAAACCCAAAUUCAGUGGUGUGGAGAAAAUUAAGACCAUUGGAAGCACGUACAUGGCAGCAGCUGGACUCACUGUCACUCCCGGACAGGAGAAUAAUCAGGAUCAGGAAAGGCAAAACGCUCAGAUAGGAAUCAUUGUAGAAUAUGCUAUGGCCCUCAUGCUGAAACUGGAUGGCAUCAACCGGCAUUCAUUCAAUAACUUCCGCCUGCGUGUUGGCAUAAACCACGGGCCAGUUAUUGCCGGGGUAAUUGGAGCGAAGAAACCCCAAUAUGACAUCUGGGGGAAUACAGUGAACGUGGCCAGCCGGAUGGAGACCACAGGCGAACUUGGGAAGAUACAGACAACAGAAGAAACGUGUCGCAUUUUGGAAAGCCUGGGGUAUUCCUGUGAGUGCCGAGGGCUUAUUAACGUCAAAGGGAAAGGAGAGCUGAGGACUUACUUUGUGAGCACAGACAUGGCCAAAUCUCAGAGCAUUGCCAUGAACUAACUCUGCCUGGUUUUAUCUGAAGAAGACGCGGCCGUGGGAAAUCAUCCAGGUUAAAUAGUAUUUAUCCUGGGGGAGUUUAUCCUUACACAGGAUCAUCCAAAAUCACGCACAGGGUACAUAGGAGUGACGCCACGAGUGACCUCUGUCUUAUGCCAAACAGACAGUAUUUCUGAAUGGAGUCAAAUAAUGAAUCCUGGACAGUGUUGGAAA